CAUUAAGCAAGCUGCUGCAGAGAGUAGCAGAGCAACAGACCAUAAUACUGUAGCAAGAGGCACCUAUCAAAGAUCCAGUGAUCAAGGAGAGAUCAAUCUGUUUCCAUGGCGUCUGAGCAGCAAGGGGGUGAUGAGCCCUCUCUCCCCAGGGAAGAGGCCGUGUGCCCGGGCUGUCAGGGAUCAGGGACCCUGGUCCUGCCGUGUGGCCACAGCCUGUGUGAGGCCUGCCUGGGGCUGUGUGAGGGCGAGCUGGGCCAGGGGGGCUGUACGAUCUGCUACGGCAAAGACCUGCUGGACUGCGUCCUGAACAGACUGCUGGACUCCCUGUUCCAAGGGCAGCCACGGCGGGCCAGGGAUGGAGGGGUAGAGGACGGGGACAGGGAGAUGUGUCCUCUGCAUAGGGAGAGGCUGACAUUGUAUUGUGUGGAGGACAAGGAGAUGGUGUGUGUGGAGUGUCAGAGCGAGGAGCACGACGACCACGAGUGUCGUCCCACGGAGGAGGCUGUGCACGACUGCAAGAGGGAGCUGACGUCUGCCCUGAGACCUCUACAGGAGAAGCUGGAGGCUCUGAACACUGUCAAACAGACCUGCGAGCAGUCAGCUGAACACAUCAAGAGCCAGGCACAGCAGACCGAGCGCCUGGUGCAGCAGCAGUUUGAGAAGCUGCACCAGUUCCUCCGAGACGAGGAAGCUGCUGUGAUCUCUGCUCUGAAGGAAGAGGAGCAGGAGAAGACCCAGAGGAUGAGGGACCGGAUAGACAGAACAACAGACCAGAUCAACUCUCUAGCUGAGGUCAUUGAGGCGACGGUGGAGGCCGUGGACACUGGUGAUGACAUAUCCUUCCUCAAGAACUUCAAGAGGACCUCUGAGAGGACUCAGGUGACAGUAGAGGAGCCAGAGGAGGUGGCAGGAGCUCUGCUGGACGUCGCCAAACACCUGGGCUGUCUCAACUACAGAGUCUGGGAGAAGAUGCAGGACGUCAUUACAUACACUCCUGUGACUCUGGACCCCAACACGGCUGAUAUCUGCCUGUCUCUGUCUGAUGAUCUGACCAGCCUGCGGUACACAGAGGAGAAGGAGAGACUGCCUGACAACCCAGAGAGGUUUUGUUACUAUGAGUGUGUCCUGGGUUCCGAGGGCUUCAACUCCGGACGACACACCUGGGACGUGGAGGUGGGCGUGAACAGCGAGUGGGCCGUGGGCGUGGCACGGGAGACGGUCUCGAGGAAGGAGUGGUUCCCCCCGAGCCCAGAGAGGGGCCUGUGGACCAUCUGUUACUAUGGAGGUGAAUACCGCGCCCGCACGGCCAGCGCCACCCCCCUGGUCCUGAAGAGAAGGCCCCUGGAGGUCAGAGUGCAGCUGGACUGGGACAGAGGCAGGGUCAUCUUCUCCGACGCCUCAGACAACACGCUCAUCUACAAGUUCCAACACAAGUUCACCCAGAGAGUGUUCCCUUACUUCUCCAACACCUGCAAGAGACAUCCUCUGAGGAUCUCCGCCGGGAAGGUGUCAGUGACAGCGGAGUAACUUGGUUUAUUAAUUAAGAGCUGAUUUGGUAAACCUAUAGUUAGGGACAUUAAAAAGCCGUUGCUGCAGAACAGGUAAAAACAUUUGCUUCAAAGUGGAUGCAUCUCUGCCGCCGCAAAGGCUUUUUGAAAAAGUCACUUUUUAAUGCAGCUACGUGACUGCUUUCUGUCUCUCUGGGUUCUAAUCUCAAUAGAUAAUUACUCUCUCUCUCUCUCUUAGUGUUCUAAUUUAAAUAGAUCAUUACUGACUUGUGCCGCAAUGUAAACAAGCAUGCUAUAAAAGAUCUUUAGUCUUUACAUCACAGUGUAUGAAUGCAGGGCUUGAAUGACCUCUAUGUGAUUUGCACUCAUUUCAUUUAACAGUAGCAAUGUGGUGCAUUAUAUGGUUUCUAUGACAGGGGACAGUAUAUGGUUUCUAUGACAGGGGACAGUAUAUGGUUUCUAUGACAGGGUACAGUAUAUGGUUUCUAUGACAGGGGACAGUAUAUGGUUUCUAUGACAGGGGACAGUAUAUGGUUUCUAUGACAGGGGACAGUAUAUGGUUUCUAUGACAGGGGACAGUAUAUGGUUUCUAUGACAGGGGACAGUAUAUGGUUUCUAUGACAGGGUACAGUAUAUGGUUUCUAUGACAGGGGACAGUAUAUGGUUUCUAUGACAGGGGACAGUAUAUGGUUUCUAUGACAGGGGACAGUAUAUGGUUUC